UCAUGAUGGGGGUAUCUCCUCUUCACUAGCUCAUCAUCGGGGAUUCCGCAUUAGACUCGGUUGUGUACAGCUACAGAUCCGACACAUACAGACCCACCGCCUCGGUCUGACUCAGAUACCCGCCGUCAUGUCCACGGGGAUGCGGACUGAGAACCGCGAGGACUCGGGGGUCCUGGAUGCUGCGUCUCUGAGGCAGCAGAGGAGGCUGAAACAGGCGAUCCAGUUCCUUCACAAAGACUCAGCUGAUCUGCUGCCUUUGGAUGGACUGAAGAAACUCGGGACAUCGAAACAGGGGCAGCCACACCAUAUUCUCCAGAAGCGCCUGCUGGAAGCCAAGUUGUCCCGGGGAAGGAUGCACAUGUGUGGAGUGACAGCAAACAACGGAGGGGUCCUUCUGAGCUGUAAUCGUUUAAACUCACACGAGGAGGAUGAAGAAGAGGAGGAUGCUUUCAUGUAUGUGCCCUGCAAGUGUUUAGGACAGGAGGUGAACGUGCUGAUUGACACCGGCUGCAAACUGAACCUGAUGUCCUCACUUACUGUGGAGAGAUAUGGCUGGAAAGAACUGGUUGAGGAGAACAAAAUGGAGACAAAUGGUUUUCCAUUUCAGCGGAAGCUUUGUAUUGAUGGCCAUAUCAAAGAACUCAGCCUAACCAUCGGGCAGCUCAGAAUAAUGUGCUCCUUUACCAUAGUAGAAAGUAACAAACCACUGAUGUCCCUGGGCAACAAGACAUUAAAGUCACUCAAGUGCAUAAUUGACACUGAAAAGCAGAUGUUGGUGUUUGGGACAAAUGUAAGGGAGCAAGUUCAGUUUGCCAAAAAGCCAUUUAAUGAAAGGUAAGAUUUUAUUGCUUUUAAAAGAGAGUGCAUGUGCCCUUAAUUAAAUGCCACACAA